AUGGCCGAGGGUGCGGCAUCUGCGGCCAGCGUGUCGAUGUGGGACCGCGUGACAACGUGGUACGCCGACAACAAGGUCGUCGCAUGGACUAUUGCGGGUGUGACGGUCGUGGCAGCCGGCGGCACAGUCUAUUUCCUCUCCCGGCCCCCUCCAAGCGCUGCAGACUCGACGGCCAAGGGGAAGAAAGAUCGGCGAAAGGGCAAGAAGAAUGAGGAGAAGGCCGCGGCGGAAGAGGUCAAGCCGGAGUCCAAGCCAGCCGCCGCCACCGCCCCCGCCCCGAAAGCUGCAGCAGUGGAAGAGCAGGCCGAUGAGCUGCCCGAGGUGACAGAGGAGACAGUGGGCCAGCUGUCCGAGCAAGAGCGAAAGGACUUUGCCGCGAAGUUGAAGGCCGCCGGCAACAAAGCGUAUGGAUCCAAGGCGUACAAUCGCGCCAUUGAUCUCUACACCCAAGCAAUCCUGUGCAAAGCCGACCCCGUCUUCUACUCAAACCGCGCCGCGUGCUGGAAUGCCAUGAGCAACUGGCCCAAGGUCAUCGAGGAUACCACCGCCGCCAUCAAUCUCGACAACGAAUACGUCAAGGCGCUCAACCGCAGGGCAAACGCCUACGAACAAGAGGAACGGUACAGUGAGGCGUUGCUCGACUACACGGCUAGCUGCAUCAUCGACCAAUUCCGCAACGAGUCAUCCGCGCAGUCUGUCGAGCGCUUGCUGAAGAAGGUCGCCGAGACUAAAGCAAAGGCCAUCCUCGACGGCAAGGACAAGAGACUGCCCUCACCCACCUUCGUCUCCAAUUACCUGCAGUCUUUCCGCACGCGAAGCCUGCCUGAAGGUCUGGGCGAGAUGGUCGAUCUCGAGGAAGGAAGUGGGAAAUGGUACAUGCGCAAGGGCCUGCAAGCUAUCCAGAAUCGGACGGCGGAAGGCUACGCCGAGGCUGCACAGAGCUUCGACAAGGCCAUCGAAGUCGGCCAGCUGGAGCAACAUGAAGCCCUGGCCUACAACAUGCGCGGCACCUUCCGAUACCUCAAAGGCGACAACGACUCCGCUCUCGCCGAUCUCAACAAGUCUCUCGAAUUGGAUCCCUCCCUUGUGCAGAGCUACGUCAAACGCGCGAGCAUGCAUCUCGAGCAAAGCAAACGCGAAGAAGCAGCCAACGAUUUUGAACUCGCAACACAGCACAACCCCAACGAUCCCGACAUCUUCUACCACCGCGCCCAGCUGCACUUCAUCCUCUCCGAGUUCAGCUCGGCGGCGACCGACUACCAGAAAUCCAUCGAUCUCGACCCCAAAUUCAUCUUUUCCCACAUCCAGCUCGGCGUUACACAGUACAAAAUGGGCUCCAUCGCCUCCUCCAUGGCGACAUUCCGGCGGUGCAUUAAGAAUUUCGGCGACAAGAGCGACGUGUACAACUACUACGGCGAGCUGCUUCUCGACCAGCAGAAAUACCAAGAGGCGGUGGAGAAGUUUGAGACGGCGGUGGAGAUGGAGCGCAAGACCGUGGGCGAGCGAGGUGGCGGCAUGAAUGUGUUGCCCUUGAUCAACAAGGCGCUGGCCUUGUUCCAAUGGAAGCAAGACUUUUCCGCCGCCGAGGAGCUGUGCCAGAAAGCGCUGAUCAUCGACCCCGAGUGCGACAUAGCAGUCGCAACCAUGGCGCAACUCCUCCUCCAACAAGGCAAAGUGACCGAGGCGCUCAAGUAUUUUGAGCGCGCGGCCGAGCUGUCGCGCACCGAGGGCGAAAUCGUCAACGCGCUGUCGUACGCCGAGGCCACGCGCACGCAGCUCGAGGUGCAGGAGAAGUACCCGCAGCUGGCGAGCCGGUUGCAGGGCAUGGGAGGCGGUGCGGGCGCGGGGAUGGCUGCGCCUGGGGUGAGAUAG